AUGCGCAGCUGGAUUCCAAUCGUCGCAGCUCUUGCUGUCCUAUCACCAGCAACAGCAUCUCCCACUUCCAUGGACCAGUGGGAUGUCCUCGCUGCCAAAGCCCUAGGGAACCAGAUCCUGUAUCACUACACAAAUCCAGAAGCUAGCAGCACCUGUACUCCUUAUACUGCGUCGGCUCGCAGAGAAUGGGGAGCUCUAUCCAAGAAGGAACGCCGCGAGUACAUCGAUGCCGUCCUCUGUCUAUCCUCUAAGCCUUCCAAGUCCGACCCCUCCUUCGCUCCUGGGGCUCGCUCCCGCUACGAUGAUUUCGUCGCGGUGCACAUCAACCAGACGAUGUUCAUCCAUUCAACGGGCAACUUCUUAACCUGGCACCGCUAUUUCACCUGGGCCUACGAGCAAGCCCUGCGAAACGAGUGCGGCUACACCGGCUCCCAGCCAUACUGGGCCUGGAACAAGUACGCCGACGACCCGGUCAACUCGCCUAUUUUCGACGGCUCGGAGUACAGCAUGUCAGGCGACGGCUCGUUCGUCCCGCACAAUGCCACCGAAGCCGCGCCGGGAAUCUUCCUGAAGCCCUCAAACGGAGGCGGCUGUAUUCAAUCCGGCCCAUUCAAGAACUUCACCGUCAACCUCGGCCCCCUCAUGCCCAGUCUCAAGAUCCCAGGGCUCGUGGCGCAGAACGGCACCGGCCUGAACUACAACCCCCGUUGUCUCCGCCGAGACAUCUCCAAGCAGGCCGCGCAAUGGACCACAACCAAGCAGGUCGUGGACCUGAUCGUCAACGAAACAGAUAUCUGGGACUACGAGACGACCAUGCAGGGCGACUUUCCGCGCGGCUUCCUCGGUCUGCAUAGCGGGGGCCACUAUACCAUUGGUGGUGAUCCUGGUGGUGACUUCUUUGCCUCCCCCGGUGACCCGGCUUUCUUCCUUCACCAUGCGGCGAUUGACCGGGCGUUCUGGACCUGGCAGAACCAGGACCCUGCGAAGCGCACUUAUGUGGUGAAUGGACCGACUGUGCUUCCUGGAAUUGUUGACUCGUCGCCGAAUGCUACGUUGGAUGAUAUCGUGGAUAUGAGUGCUGCUUUGGCGCCCCCCAAGACUAUUCGGGAGUUGUUGGAUACGACUGGUGGGCCUUUCUGUUAUAUUUAUCUGUGA